UCAAUGAUUCCAGCCGCAGUCUCGUCCACGAGGUGCCGCAUCAUAUCCAUAAAGCAUUCUUCAUUCCUCCUCUGGGGUGAACUAAUAUUUGACAAUAUACCUGUACACCAUGCUUCAACCGACACUGAUCUUUGCCAGACGAGUGGCCACUCGGGGCUUCACUCCGUUGGUAUCUCAACGCUUCAAGACAUACUCCGCGCCGAGCACCAAGGAGAGUGAGAGGUCAUCUUCGACCGCCGACGAACAUCGCAAAUAUCAGAAAGAGAAACCACUGAACCCUCACUUAACCAACACGAACUCCACCAUCAACAACGACUUGCCAUCUGUUGGUGCAGACAAAUCACCCCCGGAGCUUAUUAGCUCCGUCGAUGCAAACACAGCUCCCAAGGACCAUGUUCCUGAAAACACGGAGAGAAUGACUGGUGGGACACAAUCGGGUGGCCCAAGCAAAGUAAGCCCGACAGAAUUUGGCGUGGGUGAAAUGGAGGGGAUUUCAUUCAAAGUCGACCCCAUCCGUCGAAGUGGUGAAGACGUGACGACCAUGAGAGCAAGAUUAUUAUACCAAAGCAGGAAGCGAGGGACACUAGAGUCCGACCUCCUACUCUCCACGUUUGCGGCCGAAAACCUCUCCUCCAUGGACAAGGCUCAACUGGAGCAAUACGAUCGUUUUCUGGACGAGAAUGACUGGGACAUAUACUAUUGGGCUACUCAGUCACCAGCAAAUACACCUACAUCCCUGGAGUAUGCUGAAGGCGCCGUGAAUGACAAGACUAACGACACACCGAAACAAACAUCCCCCACGACUCAAGGACAGACGAAACAGCCCGGUACUUGGAGUCCGGGCUCCUCGACGAGUGGAGAGUGGGCACAGACAGUUGGACGUUUUAAACCUGCUUAUAGACCAGUUCCACAACGAUGGAAGGACAGUGAGAUACUGAGCCUGCUACGGAAACAUGUCAGAGAAAGGAGUGCGGGAGGCGUUCUCGAAGAUGUCAAUGCGCCUCCAAAAAGCAAAGGAAGUGGCAGUGGUCUUGGACGAAUGCCUGAUGUACAGACUUUCUAAUUAAGCCUUUUCGUGCCCGUUGAAUCUUUUCUAUCUGUACCAUCAAAUUGUAUAAUCUCAAUAUGCACUGCGCUUCCUGAGGUAUUGACAACUGCCCUUGCGUCCCUGAGCAAUGGAAGUCAGUUCCAAAAACAGCCAUAGUCAUCAGAGUCGCUGGACUGCU